UAGUUGAAUUCAGUUAAGAGAGAUUCGAUUACACUGGUUCAUAUUGGAGGAGGGGGUUGAAGGCUUGAAGCAAUAACAUAAGCAUCAGAACAGUUCUGUUUCUGAUGCUAAUGCUUGGUAGAUUGAAUUUAAAUUUGGGGUCGUUUAGGAAAUAAGUGGGGUGGAUUUAGUGUUACUCCUCAGCCUUCAAAACUUCAGCUCCCCUGGCUGUGCAAAAGGAUCCUGGAAUAAUAUAAACAGCUGAGAAAUAUGCCCACAGGAUUGAGUACUGGUGGCCUAUUUCAGCCCAAAAUUUUUAACUUCCACAGCAGGCAAAUCCAAGGCGUAAGGGGAGGGAACUUUUUCAUGGGGAGAAAGGGGUUGUUUGUGAAAAAUAAGAUUACUUGCAGUUCUUCCCAGAAGGAUAAAUUUUCUUUUAAUGAUGAGAAGCGUGAAAAGAAUGUACCUUUGGUUAAGAUGUGUGGGAUUACAUCAGCUAAAGAUGCUGCUAUGGCAGCAGAAGCUGGUGCUAAUUUUAUUGGAAUGAUUAUUUGGCCAAACUCCAAGCGUUCGGUUUCGCUGGCAGUUGCUAAAGAGAUUUCAAAAGUUGCAAGAGAAUAUGGGGCAGAGCCUGUUGGGGUGUUUGUGGAUGAUGAUGCAGAGACGAUAUUAAGAGCUGCUGACUGGGCAAAGCUUGAGUUUGUGCAGCUUCAUGGAGACGGUUCUCGAGCAGCAUUUCCAGAAUUAGUGCAAGAAAACCGAAUAAUUUAUGUUCUUCAUGCAAAUGAAAAUGGGGACCUUCUAAACCAGAUUUCUGAUAAAGAGUGUUCUUUGGUUGAUUGGAUUCUUGUGGAUAGUGCAAAGGGUGGCAGUGGCAAAGGAUUUAACUGGGACCAGUUUACUUUACCACCAAUUAGAAGCAAACAUGGAUGGCUCUUGGCCGGAGGGAUCAAUCCUGAGAAUGUUUCCAAAGCCCUGUCCACUCUCAAGCCUAAUGGAAUUGAUGUUAGUAGUGGCAUAUGUGGCUUAGAUGGUAUUCAGAAGGAUCAAUUGCGAAUAUCUUCCUUUAUGAAUGCAGUACAUUCUGUGUACUACUGAUUGAAGAAGAGAAAAGGAAAUGAUUAUAAACUUCAUAUCUUUAGGAAACUGUUCAAAUUUUCAUGUAGACUUAAAUCUAUUUAUCUUGGUGUAUGUUACUAUACAAUUUUGUCUAUUUAGGAGCCAAAAUUGGGAUGAAUCAAGAAUAAGAGGGUAUGAAGUUCUGAAAUUGUGAGCUACUUGAACUGCAGAUGUCUAC